AUGGACUAUCUCGCCGACUUUGUGCCCACCUCCACCAUCUCGGUCAACCCCCCGGGCGGCACCCACACCCACCACCCCCACCACUCCCACCUCCCAGUCCCCACAGACGUCUUCCCCUCCGCCACCCCCCGCCUCCUCCACGCCACCCACAAGGGCCAUGUCGCUGCCUGGGUAUUCACAGCCGUCUUUGCUGCCGGCCUCGCCGUCUCCGUCUUCCUCGUCAGCAGGACCCCAAAGAAAAACCGCCUCUUCCACGGCAUCUCUUCCGUCAUCUUGCUCGUCUCUACUCUGAGCUAUCUUUCUUUGGCGACCCACAUCGGUGCCGGCAAGUUUGUCCCGAUCUACCACCCUCCCGGCCACUCUGAUCCCCUCGUCCACCUCUUCCGCCAGAUCUUUACGAUCCGCUACAUUGACGCUGCCAUCACCCUCCCUCUCAUCCUUCUCACACUCAGUCGUCUUUCGGGUGUGAGCCCCGCGACGACGGUAACCAUUGUGAUUGCGCAGCUGGUCAACGUGUAUGCGGCCUGGGCCGGGAGUGUGGCGGGCGGAUGGCCUUGGAGCAAGCACGGUAACGGAGCAGGCACCAAGUGGGCCUGGUUUGCGAUCGCGGCCUUGGCCUACUUUGCCAUCUGGAGCGUCCUCUUUGCGCAGGGCCGAAGGGCUGCUGUUCACAGGCUUCGAUCCACCCAGGGUCUUUUCUACCUCCUUUCUGCCCAUGUCUUCGUCCUCUCUGCUGGUCUCGGUAUCGUCUGGAUCCUCACCGAGGGCCUCAACAUCAUCAGUGUCGACGCCGAGCUCAUCACCUAUGGCAUUCUCGACGUUGCCAACAAGGUCGGCUUCACCCACGUCCUUUUGCUCUUGCACAAGGCCGAUGAGGAAGGCCCUUGGACGCUCCCUGACUGGUGGGCGGAAGACCCUGAGAAUGAGGGUGAAGACGGACGAGGCGUCUAUGGCGCUGUCGCUAGUGUUGGUCAAGAGUAA